AUGAGGUACCUCACAGUCGUCUUUGCUUUCGCUCCCUUUGUUGCUGCUUCACAGCUAGUCUGGCCGUCGAAAUGGGACGAGGUUGAGGACCUCUAUACCAUGAUUGGAGGAUUCAGGAGACGCGGUUUCGCCGAUGCCAUCACCACCUGUGCCUUCGGCACUAACAUUCCGGGACGCCAGAACUCAGCUGAAUGGAUUCGGACCGCGUUCCACGACGCAGUCACACAUAACGCCAAAGCCGGCACAGGCGGAAUCGACGCGUCCAUCUUCUGGGAACUUGACCGGCCUGAGAACCCUGGCAGUGCCUUCAACAAUACGUUCGGUUUCUUCAGUGGCUUCCACAAUCCGCGCGCCUCAGCUUCGGAUCUUGUGGCUCUGGGCGUCGUCGUGGCGACUGGGGCGUGUGACGGACCCAAGAUCCCAUUCCGAGCGGGUCGUAUUGAUGCGAAUAAGGCAGGGCCUCCAGGCGUGCCAGAACCUCAGACCAAUCUGGCCGACACACUCGCAGCCUUCAUCCAGGCCGGCUUCUCCAAGCAGGACAUGACAGCUAUGGUUGCUUGUGGACAUGCUCUGGGUGGCGUCCAUAGUGUCGACUUCCCAGAUAUCACUGGAAUACACGUGGAUCCUGACAAUGAGAUAUCAGUGCCGUUCCAGAAAGACGUUUCAAGUUUCCACAACGGCGUUGUCACCGAGUUCCUGAGCGGCAAGACCAAGAACCCCUUGGUUGUUGCGUCUAACAAUACGUUGAAUUCUGAUAAGCGCAUCUUCUCUUCAGAUCACGCCACGAUGAAAAAGCUGGCAACUAAGGCGGGCUUCAACUCCAUUUGUGCUGAUGUCUUCACCCGCAUGAUCGACACUGUGCCGAGGAAGGUGAAGCUAACCAGAGUCAUCGACGCCUACGACGUUAAGCCUUAUAUCGACGACCUAUCUCUCAACAGCAAGGGCAACCUUCAUUUCCAGGGCACCAUUCGGAUGAGGAUCACGAAGGGCAGCGGCCGAAACCCAGAUGACCUUGCCGUCAAGCUGGUGUAUGCUGAUCGAAAUGGCAAGGGCAAGGUGGUUGUGCCCGCCAAGCGCGCCAACUUCCAACUAGGCCUUAGCAGUGGCAUCGCUGACCAGUUUGUUUCCUUUGACUUCGAUACCACAAUCAAUGGCAAGAGCGGCAUUAGCAAAUUCUGGGUACAGGAGACAGUGCCGUCGACUAAGUUUACCAAGACUCAUGAUAAUCAGAAGACUGGAGGAUACAAGGUGGACGAUACUAUCCUUUAUCAGCUUUCUCAGUCGUGUCUCAAGAGCGAUGCGUUGGCUAACGGUGCCGCGCCCAUGAUCGUUACAGCUAUGGUUCGCGACAGCUACGCAUCGGGCCCUUUGACUUUGCGAGUUGUCCACAAGGUGCCAAGACAGGGCGUCGCCGUUCCCCAGUUGAAGACCGAGGUUUUUCAAUUUAAGGCUACCGGGAAAAGGUCAAAUGGAUGGGUUGCUUAUCAAGCCAAGGCUAAAGUCUUCGACCAAUUCACGACAUUCGAUAUCGCCCUAGGGGGUAGUAGUCCUACAGCGGUUGAAUUUCUGCAGUCUGGUUCUAUGCCCACUACCUGUCCUUCUUAG